AUGAAUGACUCUAAGGUCCUAAGAAAACAUGGUUUUGUUAUUGGUAUAAGUUUGGGAGAAGGAACUUACGCCAAAGUCAAAUCUGCAUACUCUAAGCGACUCAAAGAAGAUGUAGCGGUGAAGAUAAUAGACAAGAAGAAAGCACCUGCUGAUUUUUUGGAGAAAUUCCUUCCUAGAGAAAUGGAAAUAUUGAAAAUAGUGAAUCAUGAAUAUAUUGUGAAAACUUAUGAGGUAUUUGAAAACCCCAAUGGAAAAAUUUAUGUUAUCAUGGAGCUUGCAGUUCAUGGAAAUUUACUGGAAUAUAUACAGUCUAGAGAGUCAUUACCAGAAGACGUGGCCCGAAAGAUGUUCCAUCAGUUAACAACAGCCAUAAAAUACUGUCAUGACAUUAACAUUGUGCACAGAGAUCUGAAGUGUGAAAACCUUCUUUUGGACAUUAAUUACAACAUCAAGGUUUCAGACUUUGGUUUUUCAAAACAGUGUGCUUUUGAUGAAGAAGGGCAAAUUGUACUAUGUAAAACAUUCUGUGGUUCUAUUGCAUAUGCAGCACCAGAAGUGCUACAAGGAAUACCUUACCAACCAAAGCUCUGUGACAUUUGGAGCAUGGGCAUUGUUCUGUUUAUUAUGGUCUGUGGCUCUAUGCCAUAUGAUGACUCUAAUAUCAAACGGAUGGUGCGAGCUCAGAAGGCACAAAGACUAGACUUUCCAAGAUCUAAAUGUGUGACCUCAGUGUGUAAAGACUUAAUCUUUGGCAUUCUUCAUCCAGACAUGCUGACACGACUGACUCUUGAGGAGAUCCUGGUGCACCCUUGGAUGCACCCUACAAAAUUAGAAAGUUCAGACAUUGAAAAGAAAGAUGGUGAAUGCUCUCAAACAGAGCACCAGCAAAGGGAACAACUAAAAACUGAUUCAAAAUCUAAUGUCAUCCACAGAUCUAAAUCACAAAAUAAAGGUGAAAAUAAGACUAGGGUUACAUCAGAAGCAACUCAUCUCAAACCUGAUGCAAAAACAGAACAAAAACUUCACUGA